GGCCUCAUGGCUUCCAAGACGAUCGCCAACGUUUAAGCUUAUUCUCAAUGCCUGCACGUUGACAGACUGAGACCAUCUCUGUCCGUGCGCCAAGAGAACGAAACACCAGGAUCAGGCUCCAGACCUUCAUCGACCACCACCGCCGCCGAAGGUUGCUCUGCUGAACCUCACUCCCAUCAUCGGGAACAUUGGAUGCCCGACUUUACACUUAUCCCCGGGCGGCAGCUCUUACAACCGCUCACUAUCAAGCCUCGGUAAAGUUCAAGUGAGCAGUGAGCAAUGUUCCCAACCGUCUGCGGUUCUCGUGUUCCUCCUUGCCAUGAGCAUGGGAGCGUCAUGGCUUGCGUCCCAAGAUCCCCCACAAGAUCCAUCCAGCUUCUAGCCCAGACUGCCGGCAAGAUCUGCCAGGGUUCAGGUGAAUCUCAAUACGGGCCCAGAGUUCACCAGGCUGAUGAGAUGGUGGUCUUGUUUACCGCCCAUGGUAUAUGUGGGCAGGGGAUUCCCCUAGCCUAACCACAAACGAUUGACACAGGGACAGCAAUGCCUCGUCAGAGAUGAGACGAUCUCAACAACACCUCUUUUCCUCAGUACCUGGUCUAUUGUCGUCCUAUAGUGUAGAGGCAUGCUAUCCAUCAGGGGCAACCCAUUAGAUGGACUUUGAUACGGGGUCCAGAUCGCUCGGUUGCCGUCAUCGUUUCUAUAUAACUUGACUGUCCUCCCGUGAACAUCACCGCUUUCUCUUCCCUUCUCAUCAUCAGCUUCAUUCUCUUUUUUCGGGUCUCCGGUGUCUACAGUUCUGGCAACUAUUUCGUUUCUUCUCACUCUUUCAACCUUACUACUACUACUCAAUUACUUGACUUCUUUCCAAACCGCUCGGCCGGUCUUCGUUUCUUCCAUAUUUCAGCAUUCUUGCAUCCAACAAACUACCAGCGUUAUCACCCAUCAGGUCAAAAAAAGCUUGAUCAUCAUGUACUCCAAACUUGCCCUUGCCGCCCUUCUUUUGGCCACGGCCGAAGCUCGCUUUGGUCAGGAGCAGUCUGUUGCCAACAUCAUCUCCUCUCUGAGCAAUUUUGGCAACCCUGGUGUUGCUCCCACCCUCGCAGGCUCCACUCCCGGUGUCCUGCUCGCCGGUGCCAACGCCUGUGACAAGCUUACCCUUGCCGACCGGAUUGUUUCGGAACUCGGCAAUGACAAGGCCGUCAUUGACGCAGCCAAGAAGCUUGUCGCCGCUGAAAAGAACUUUAACCCCUUUGCUGUCUCCAUUCCUUCCAUCUGCUCCGAUCCAGCUCUGCCGGCCACCCAAGAGCUGAGAGGCAUCGUUCCCCUUGUUGACCCGGCUGUGACCGGCGCUGAUGUUGAGAAUGCCAACUCGGCCAAGUCUCUCACCUCUCCGUUCGCCAACGAUGGAUUGAGUGUUGCGGAUAUCGUGAAAGCCAAUGGCUUCACCAACUUCACUGCCCAAAGCUCCAGCGGAUCUACCACCGCGCCUGCUGCUGGUAACAAUAACAACAAUAACAACAAUAACAACAACAACAACGGCAACAACAGCAACAACGGCAAUACUGGUGCUGUUACCUCCGCGGUCACUUCUGCUGCUCCUGCCGCCACCUCCGAAGCUGCCGAUGCCGGUAACGGUAACGACAACAAUGGCAACAAUAACGAUAACAACGGCAAUAAUAACGAUGACAACAAUAACAACGGCAAUGACAACAACGGCAAUGACAACAACGGCAACAAUAACGAUGACAACAGCAACAACGGCAAUGACAACGCCAACACCGGCAACAACAACAGCAGCAACGGUGUUCAAAAGUCCACCCUCGCCGGCGCCGACUUUGGUCUUUGCGUGCCCACCAUGAGUUUCGUCGGCGGCCGCGGCAACCGGAAGGCCACCGAGUUCACCUUCCUGCCUAAGGACCCGCUCGUCGCCAAGGGCCAGCAGGAGGCGCUCAACCCCAACAUCAUCACCAACCGCAUCUGUGACCAGCUGACCAACGUCUGCCAGGCCAACCAGGCGGCCAAGACGGCGUGCUUGGAUGCCAAGGCCCAGAUCAAGGCUCUUGGAACAAAGGACGCGUCUACUGCGCAGAAGUGGAACGAGCUUUUGGGUUUUGCUGGCACUGAUAUCUCUCAGUAAGCAAGUGGGAUAGUGUAUAUAGCCAUAGGGGGGUUUGGAGAUGAUAUCAUGUAGGGAUUGCGAAGAUGAUGGGAUGGUUUCGUGACAACAUUGGUAGUAUAUGUAUAUGGAUCCACCUAAAUGCAUGUAAAUAUUUUGGAGCUGACA